AUGAGCGCUGCGGCCGGUUGGUGGGAAGGUGGCGGGCGAAGAGAAGGGCUGCAGCUGUCGCUGAACAGGUCGCUGUCGGAACCAGGGCCCCCGAAGAGGUGCCGCCUGGAGACCACCAGCCUUCCAGCCAGCCCUUGCCUGGAGACCAGCUCCACUAUCCAGCGCUCCUUGGUCCUCAGCAGGCUCCGCAAGAUCCAGCCGGACGCACUAGCCGCCCGCCUCGACGGUAUCAUGUCUCCCCUGCUCCUCGAUGUCAGGCCCUUCAUGGCGUACAACGUCAGCCACAUCCGCGGCUCCAUCAACAUCGCCUGCUCCGACCGGAUAUCGAGGCGGCGGCUCGAGCAAGGCAAGGCGGCCCUAGCAGACCUCGCCACUUCCCGCCAGGGCAAGGAGCUCCUUCGGAAGAGGAACUAUAAGGAAGUAGUGGUCUACGAUGAGUCUUCUACUGACAUGGACCGUAUUCCCAACAACCAUCCGCUCUACCUUGUCAUCGCCGCACUCGUAGACGACCAAAGAGAACCGACUCUUCUGAUAGGUGAGUUAAUUCUUAAUUUAUUUGCUUCAAAGAAAAGAAUAUAUCUCUCAGCUCUAAGACUAUGA